AUUUUUUUUCAUAUAAUUUUAAACAUUUCAGAAUUUUAGUGAUCUUUCAGUAAGUGCAAAAAAAAAAAAUGAAUAUUUUUAUUAUUUAAUUUAAGCUUGUGCUGCUUGACAAAAUAACAAAAACUCUAUAAGUGAAAUUAAGUGAAUUCGGAAAGUUGAACAGCGUCAGAAAACUUUUACGGGAGGCGAUAUAUUGUUUAGUUUGCUUACAACUGAUAUGCAAGUAAAUGAAUUUAAUUCAGCAAAUGCAUUUAAUAUAAAAAGGCAGACAUAUCUACGCUUAGUCUUCCCGGGACCGUCGGAUUGUGAAUAAUAGUUUCUUAUAAAAAUGAGUGAAAAUACUGAUAUGUACAAUGCCGAUGAACUAGAGCCACCGCAAUGGCUAAAUACGGAUUUCUUCAAUAAUGUAUUGCGAAAUUACCUUCAGGAUGCCAAUUUAAAAAUAUUAAGUUUAAAAAUCACUCCCGGUACCAUGAAGGGCGAUCAUUAUGGAAGUGCUAUGUUUCGUAUAGCUCUUAUUUUUGAACAGAAAGGAGUAAAACACGAGAAAUGUUUGAUUAUAAAAACAUUUCCAGAAGCAGAACAUAAACAGGAUGUGUUUGAAGAAUCGCAUACAUUCGAAACUGAAAUACUUAUUUACAGGGAUGUUAUACCGAAUUUCGUGAAAACAUUAGAGUCCAUUGGGGAUAAUAUGAAAUUUGGGCCAAAUUGUCUUCAUGCUAGUAUAGAACCGAAGAAGUGUUUAGUUUUUGAUGAUCUUGUGAAGUUAGGCUACGUUCUCUUACGUGAUCGUGAAGCAAAUAUCACAGAGAGCAGAUUGGCGCUCUUGAAAUUGGCUAAAUGGCAUGCACUAGGUUUUAAAUUAAUCAAAGACGGGAAAGCUAAAAUGCUUGACAAAUUUCGAUACAGUAUGUUCAGUCUCAAAAAUUUGGUUGCUGAUGAUUAUUUUCAAAACGGCAUUACACAUUUCAUAAAUAUGCUUGGUGGACAGCCUGUUUUAUUAGAGUAUAAACUAUACUUUGAGAAAAUACGUCCAAAUCUAAUAGAAAAAUGUCUUGCUUCAUUUAAUGAAUUCUACAAUGGACCACAAGAUGGAUCGUUAUAUGCACUUUGUCAUGGGGAUUUUCAUUUCAAAAACAUGAUGUUCAAAUACAAUCCUAAAGAUGGCAGUCUAGAAGAUGACAUGAUAUUGGAUUAUCAAUUUUCUCAUGUUGGUCCUAUGGUGAAUGAUUUAAAUUAUGCAUUCAUCAUGCUUUGGGAUAAGGAACAACGCCUUCACCAUUUCGAUGGACAUUUACGUUAUUAUUUUGACAAUUUAUUGGAUACAUUGAAAAAGAUUGGAUAUAAAGGAGAGUUACCAACUUUCGAAAACUUGAAAGAUCAAUUCCUAAGGCAAAAGUAUUACGUGUUUUUCAUGUUGACAACAUUUUUGCCUAUGUGGCGUUCAUUCUAUACGGGUGAUUCUGAGCCUGUGAUGACAUCGGCGGAAUAUCGAAAAAAUUGCUAUAAGCAACAAUAUUUGAUUGAUGAAAUUCACGAGCUACUACCACUGUAUAAGAAGUUUGGUUACUUUGAUGAUUUAUAAUAAAUAAUAUAUAAUGAUUUAUUGUAUUGGAAAAUAGUAUUGAUAAUAUUAGUAAUAAUAGUAUU